GCGAGAAGGCGAUCCGGGACGAUGGGCUCCUGGCUGGAGCGGAGGGGGGUCCGGAGGGGGGCUCCCGUUCCCAGCCAUCAGAGGGAGGCUUCUGCUUAAGGUGCGGGCGCCCAGCGCAAGCCAAGGCCAGAGAGACAUGCUUAGGAUGGUAUAAGCUAUGGCCCAGUUCUAUUACAAGAGAAGCAUCAAUGCCCCUUACAGAGAUCGCAUCCCUCUUCGUAUUGUACGAGCGGAGUCUGAACUCUCACCUGCUGAGAAAGCCUAUUUGAGUGCCGUGGAGAAAGGAGAUUAUGCCAGUGUGAAGCAAGCCCUGGAGGAAGCGGAAAUUUAUUUCAAGAUCAAUAUUAAUUGCAUUGACCCCCUCGGAAGGACGGCUCUCCUUAUUGCAAUAGAAAACGAGAACCUGGAGCUCAUAGAGUUGCUCUUGAGCUUUAACGUCUAUGUGGGGGAUGCCUUGUUACAUGCCAUCAGGAAAGAAGUGGUUGGAGCUGUUGAGCUGCUGCUAAAUCACAAGAAGCCCAGUGGGGAGAAACAGGUGCCACCCAUACUUCUGGAUAAGCAGUUUUCGGAAUUUACGCCGGACAUUACUCCCAUUAUCCUGGCUGCCCAUACAAACAAUUAUGAGAUCAUAAAACUUUUAGUUCAGAAGGGUGUUUCUGUCCCAAGACCUCAUGAAGUCCGCUGUAACUGUGUGGAGUGUGUCUCCAGCUCAGAUGUGGACAGCCUUCGCCAUUCCCGAUCCAGGCUGAAUAUCUACCGAGCCCUUGCCAGCCCAUCUUUGAUUGCCCUGUCCAGCGAGGAUCCUUUUCUUACAGCUUUCCAGUUAAGCUGGGAACUUCAAGAGCUGAGCAAAGUGGAAAAUGAGUUUAAAUCUGAAUAUGAGGAACUGUCCCAGCAAUGUAAGCAGUUUGCAAAAGACCUCUUGGAUCAGACCCGGAGUUCCAGGGAACUGGAAAUUAUUCUUAACUACAGAGACGAUAACAGCCUCAUAGAAGAACAGAAUGUUAAUGAUCUGGCAAGAUUGAAGCUGGCUAUUAAAUACCGCCAGAAAGAGUUUGUUGCCCAACCCAACUGCCAGCAGCUCCUUGCCUCUCGCUGGUAUGAUGAGUUUCCAGGCUGGAGAAGGCGUCAUUGGGCCGUGAAGAUGUUAACUUGUGUCAUCGUUGGAUUCCUUUUCCCUGUCUUUUCUGUCUGCUAUCUGAUCGCUCCCAAGAGCCCACUGGGGCUCUUCAUCAGGAAACCAUUCAUCAAAUUUAUCUGCCAUACUGCAUCCUACUUGACUUUCUUGUUCCUUCUGCUGCUUGCAUCUCAGCACAUUGACAGAUCAGAUCUGAACAUGCAGGGGCCUCCGCCAACCAUCGUCGAGUGGAUGAUAUUACCGUGGGUCCUGGGAUUCAUCUGGGGUGAAAUUAAACAAAUGUGGGAUGGUGGCCUUCAGGAUUAUAUUCAUGACUGGUGGAACCUGAUGGAUUUUGUAAUGAACUCAUUAUACCUCGCAACAAUAUCUUUAAAAAUUGUUGCAUUUUCAAAGUACAGUGGGCUGCUCCCAAGACAGAGCUGGGAUAUGUGGCACCCAACACUGGUGGCUGAGGCACUGUUUGCUAUUGCAAACAUUUUUAGUUCUCUCCGCCUGAUCUCAUUAUUCACGGCAAAUUCUCACCUGGGACCACUGCAGAUCUCCCUUGGAAGAAUGCUGUUGGACAUUUUAAAGUUUCUCUUCAUCUACUGCCUUGUGCUGCUAGCUUUUGCAAAUGGACUUAACCAGCUAUAUUUCUAUUAUGAGACAACUGAAGGCGAUCGCUGCAAGGGGAUACGGUGUGAAAAUCAAAACAAUGCAUUUUCAACUUUAUUUGAAACCCUCCAGUCACUGUUUUGGUCUGUCUUUGGACUCAUCAACCUUUAUGUGACCAAUGUUAAAGCACGCCAUGAAUUCACCGAAUUUGUUGGGGCCACCAUGUUUGGUACCUACAACGUCAUCUCGCUGGUUGUCCUGCUCAACAUGUUGAUAGCCAUGAUGAACAAUUCCUAUCAACUCAUUGCUGAUCAUGCAGACAUUGAAUGGAAAUUUGCACGAACAAAACUCUGGAUGAGUUACUUUGAAGAAGGGGGGACUUUGCCUACUCCCUUCAAUGUCAUACCAAGCCCCAAGUCUCUCUGGUAUUUGAUCAGAUGGCUCUGGAGACAACUGUGCAGGAAAAAGAUCAGAAGGAAACCUGAAAGUUUUGGAACCAUUGGGAGACGUGCUGCUGAUAAUUUGAGAAGGCACCAUCAGUAUCAGGAGGUCAUGAGAAAUCUGGUUAAGAGAUAUGUGGCAGCAAUGAUAAGAGAUGCUAAAACUGAAGAGGGUUUGACUGAAGAGAAUUUUAAGGAGUUAAAGCAAGACAUUUCUAGUUUUCGCUUUGAAGUCCUAGGACUGUUAAAAGGAAACAAACUACCUAAUUUGCCGUCUUCAAAAAACAGCCGAGAAUCUUCUUCCUUGCCAGAAUCUGAUGAGGGAAGUGAAAAUGGAGGAAAUGAGAAGGUUAUAAAGAAACCUCUUAGCCUCUUUGACUUAACUACAAUGAUUCAUCCAAGAGCAGUGGCAAGAGCCUCUGGAGCCCACAGUCAAAGCAAUGGGUCAGCCGUGAGGGCACCAGAAGCUACCAAAGAAAAGCAAAGGAAAGUGAACUUUGUGACUGAUGGAAAGAAGUUUGGGUUCUUCCACAGACAGUCCAAAAACAGCUCUACUGAGCACAGUACAAAAAAAAUCUACUCCAUUUCUGAAGAAGUUUCCCGGCAGCAAGCAGAGGAGCAGAGCGAGAAAGUCACUGAAAUGGGGGAGAAAACAUUGGUCGCGAACUGUGAACUAAACAUUCAGGAUCUCAGUGAAAAGUACACAGCGGCCACUAAGAAGCAAGUUAAAAACGACACUCUGGAAUCUACCUUGGAUGAGAAAGCUGCUCCUUCUGAAAGUAAGAAGGCUACCCUUCAGGACUCUGAUCUGCCUAUACCAAAGGAUUUGAUGGACAAUGAGCAGGAUUUCAAUAGUGACUCUGUUGGGAAACACGAGACAGUUGUUCAGGACAAUUACUUGACAACAAGGUUGUGAUGAUAGCAGUCAGAGCUUAUAUACAAAUCCGUAUAUUGCAGAGUAAUUUAGGAUGAUGCUUAAAACUACCCCAGACAAUGGGAAAUGAAAGCAUUCAGAACGGUUGGACAAGAACUUGUAACAUAAUUCCGUGAAGGAAAAUAAAUGGGAAAGCCUUCUGUUUUGUAGCCUGCUUCAGCUUUCACAAUUUCUUUUACAUUUUUUUAUUCAAUGGGAGCAUCUUGUAUUCUUGUACUGUUGCAAUAACCCACAGAAACUUUUUAGCUAUCUUUUUCAAUUUGAAAUAAAUGCAAUUUCUCUGUGAUAGUUUAAUGCCUAUGGUAAAUAUUUUUCUAUGCAAAUAAAUGUAGCUUAACAAAGAUGUGAGCCUUAUGGACCUUUUUUUUUAGGAUCCCUAAUUACAUGGGCAGACAUAAGAAGUAUCAGUGUUUCCUGUCCAACAAUAUUUAAGCAGUUAGAAUUUUUAUUUAAGUUACAAAUAAAACUGAAACAAAGGUCACAUUAAUUUAUUGAAAGGGGUUAGUAUUUGCAAUUCACAGAUAAUUAUCUGUUGCUAAUUCUGUUAGUAACCCCUAUAAGGUUUGACUAUUUCUGUACAUAAUAAAUAUUGCAACUGAAUUUCCUACAUUUUUAAUUAUCCUCGUAGCAACAACAAAAAUGUAAUUAGUUCUUUAUUGGGAGUCACCUCCAAAUAACAUUGCUCUUGUGCAAUUUGUAACCUAGAAAAAAAAUGUUUAUUUUCCUACCUUUGCAUACAUCUCUCUGUGGAAUGAAUGAAAGGAUUAAACUUUUUAAACCUUCCCUGCUUGUUCUUCUAGAAGUAGUUCUGACUCUCCGACGGCAGUCAAGAAAGUAUGGCCUGUUACAGACUGCCAAAAUAAA